UAUCUGUUCAUGAGGAAAAGAAGUCUGGGGAAACCGCUCCUGGUUGCCCAGGAAGGGAAAGCCAUGCAGUGCGCAGAGGUCGGAAAGCCUUUAAUUAAAUUCAACCACUGCAGGAAAUACAUCUACAGCUUCAGUGUGCCGCGAUGCUGCCCCCUCUGCCGGCAGGACGUGCGCUCGAGGAAGCUGGAGGAAGCACCUGUUAGCAUCUCCAAUCCGUUUACCAAUGGACAUCAAGAAAAAUGUUCAUUCCUCCUCAGGCCAACUCAAGGGACAUUUCUUAGGGAGUAUGAUGGAAGGUCUGAUCUUCACGUUGGAAUAACCAACACAAAUGGAGUUGUGUAUAAUUACACCAUGUACGGCAUCCAGCGAGAUGAAGCAGGCUGGGAGCAGAGUAUAAGUAUCCCAUUAUUGCAGCCUGGCAUGUUUGGACUGAUGGACCAGUGGGAUAAGUACCUGGAAGACUUCUCCACCACAGGGGCCUGGCUUCCCUGGAAGUAUGAAGAAGACCACCACAACUGCUACAGUUACACCCUCACAUUCAUUAACUGCAUUCUGAUGACAGAAGGCAAGGAGCAACUGGACAAGAAUGAGUUCACGGAAUUCGUGGUCCCAAGGACCAGGAAGGCUUCUAAGUACAUCACACUCUACCGGGCGAUAGAAGAGCGUGGCUUCUACGUGAUUGACCACCCUGAUCAAGAGCCAAGCCCUGCUCCGGGAAGCGGUUUGUGCUGAGUGUGAAGUGUGAGAGAAGGGACAGGACAUUGGCGGUUACUCCCUUUAGUAGAUAUCGGAGAUUUCUAAAUGUAUUAAACUCUGGUUAAUAAAAAACUGUUACGGCUUUCCUUUAAGCAUA